UUUUUUUUUUAUUGAGUGAUUAUAUAUGAGUGAAACAUGAGUCAACACGAUGAAGAAACAGCUCGCAUGAUGACGUAUUCGCAGCAGUUUCCUUUAUUUGGCAGCUGAGUCGCUUAAUUUGGUUGUUUUGGAGGAAACUUGACAUGUUGCUGCUGUUCCUCCUCAGUGCUCUCUAAAACCACACCGCUUAUUAUUAUUAUUAUUAUUUAUCGGAGAUUUUUCUCACCGCCAUCACUCGGUAUUGUUUUUUUUCUCUUUGCUUUUUUGGAGAAAUGUGUGCGCGGUUGUCCCGUUGUUUCCCCGCGGAGCGUGAAGGUGCCGGCGGGGACGUCCGGUGGGCUUUAGCCGCCGUCGCUGUCAUCUUUGUGGGUCUGCUAGCUUCGUGCUGCCGCGCUGAAGAGGCUGCCUGUCACGGAGCCUACGACCUGUAUUUUGUCUUAGACAGGUCUGGAAGCGUCUCUGCACACUGGUUCGAGAUUUAUUCCUUUGUCAAGAACCUCACUGACCGAUUUGUCAGCUCCAGUACGAGGGUCUCCUUCAUCGUCUUCUCUUCCCAAGCUGAAGUCCUGCUGCCUCUGACAGGAGACAAAUACAAGAUUGAAGAGGGUUUGAAACGCCUACGAGCCGUGAAACCAGCUGGAGAGACUUUUAUGUAUGAAGGAAUGAAACAGGCUUCACUUCAGAUAAAAAAACAGUCAGCGAAUUCUUCAAGCAUCAUCUUAGCUCUGACAGAUGCGGAGCUCGCCGUUUAUGUUAACGAGCUCACAGUGAAAGAGGCUAAUGAAGCGAGGAAGUAUGGGGCUCGUAUUUACUGCGUGGGUGUAAAAGACUUUGAUGAGCAACAGCUUGCUAAGAUCGCUGACACCAAAGAUCAUGUGUUUCCUGUCAAAGAUGGCUUCCACGCGCUCAAAGGCAUCAUCAAUUCUAUAUUAAAACGAUCAUGCACAGAGAUUUGGAACGUAGAGCCCUCCAGUGUUUGUGUGAACGAAUCCUUUGACAUUGUCCUCAGAGGAAACGGCUUCACCCCCGGUCGCACUAAUGAAGGUGUUGUUUGCACCUUCAUCAUCGGAGAGCAAACAUUCAAUCACAAGCCAACUACAAUACGAAACGAUUAUGUGCUGUGUCCUGCACCAAAACUCUAUGAAGUUGGACAGACUAUGGAUGUUCUGAUCAGUUUAAAUAAUGGGAAGUCUUUCAUCUCCAGUGCUCACACCAUCACUGCCACCACAUGUGUGAACGGUUUGGUGGUGGCCAUCGUCUUCUUGGUGCUGCUGGUCCUUGUGGCUCUGGCGCUCAUGUGGUGGUUCUGGCCUCUUUGCUGUAAAGUGGUCAUCAAAGAUCCGCCGCCUCCACCGCCGCCUUCACGUCCUCCACCACCCGAACCUGAACCGCUGCCUAAGAAGAAGUGGCCGACUGUGGACGCCUCCUACUAUGGAGGACGUGGAGCUGGAGGGAUCAAACGCAUGGAGGUGCGCUGGGGUGAGAAGGGUUCCACCGAGGAGGGGGCCCGGCUGGAAAAGGCCAAGAACGCCAUAGUGUCCAUUCCAGAAGACGUGGAGGAGCCGAUGCCCAAACGUCCCACCCCAAAACCUGCUCCAGGCUCCCAUCAACCUGAGAGCAAAUGGUACACACCCAUCAAGGGUCGUCUCGACGCUGUGUGGGCUUUGCUGCGACGACAGUAUGACCGAGUGUCGCUGAUGCGUCCCACAUCUGAAGAUGAGGGUCGCUGUAUUAAUUUCAGCCGCGUGCCGCAUGAGUAGACGAGUGGGAUGCUGGUGUGAAGAUGUGCUGAUGGUUGAGAACCAAACGUUUCAGGUUUUUGGAGAUUCUGCAGCUGAAGCCACUAUUUGUUCACUCUGUUCAACCUCGUACACAGAGCCGUCGGUUUUCAGACACAUUUGAAGUUCACACAGCAACAUUAAUAACACCCUGUCAUAAUUUAUUUCCUGCCAUUAAAAAAAAAAACAACUUUUUUUUCUAGCCCUGGAGUGUGGCACUCAGACUUGGUUCGGCCUCUUUUUAUGGACAGACGGAAGCCAUCUUUAAAAAAAACAAACAAACUCAGAGAAAGCAGUUGUAUGCCGUUGGCGUGGAACUCGGAAUAAUCCCACCAGCCCUCACGAGUGUAGAAGUCCAUCGCCUUUUGGCAAUGUUUCACCAACAAAUCCUGUCCAACUUCAGCAGCGUUGGUCACCCGGCGGCGGCGGUGCUCUGACUGGCUGAUCCUGUCGUUUUAUCACCGACAAGUGCACACUCAUGACAUUGUAGACAAGAUGCCCCAAGGUAUGGGACACCACCAAGACUUUGCCCUUUCAGGGCUUUUUUUUAAAAAACACCUUCCUUUCAUUAUGCACUUGGGACGAGGAAGUUAAUAGAGCGUUAUUCACCGCCGGUCAGCCCGAUGACCACGGUGGGCUUCGUUUGAGAGAUUGAUGCCUGAAGAGCUUGACGCGGCACCGGGUGUUUUGGGCGCAGUCUGCUCCGUGCUCAGUAAUGCGUAGCAUAUAAACAGGCCAGUCUGCUCACACUGUGUAGAUAUAGAUCCAGCCGCCGCGCCACUCCCACUGCCUGAAUCCUCUGCGGGUGCCCGCCGCGUCACAACUCAGUGGUCCUCUGAGCCGGCGAAUAUCAAAGUUUAAUUAAAAUAAUUAAAGGCAACAGCAAGCAGCAGCCUGUGAAGACUUGGCUGUCUCUUUUUUAUGUCUUUUGACAUUGAAUGACCUAUUACUGCCGUACAGCGAGGGGAGAAAAGAGGACACGGUACCAUGGCGACAGCGCACCGUGUCCAAAACGCAAACCCAAAGCAGCAGAUGCGACGGACGGAUAAGUAUUGUUCAUUUCCAGAAACUACACCCCCUGUUCUCCUCUCGCCUUGUCCCCCAAAAAUAUGAACUUCUAUAUAUUGUUGAUUUGUCAAGCGCGCUGUCAUGACGCCAAUCCCAAAUGAUGGCGUGAGCGGAAACACCGUGGGGGAGGAAAAGGGGGCAGCAGCUGAAGAAAAAGGCUCGAAUGAUCCAGUCACUUUGUAUUGGGUGCUUCAGAUGCAAAAUGGAUAUUCAAGUCGAAACCUGACAAAGCGCGCCGGCUUUGACGGGAAGCGGUAUAGACAAUGACCAGUGGCUGGGUCAGUGGGAUGUCUCCGUGCGGGCAGGGGAGCUUAUCAAGUGACACUAAAAAUAAGUUCAACAACCAUCAACUUUUAGGGGGAGUGGGCGAGCGUCUCACAUUCGGUGGGCACGUGGGUAAACAAGGCGGGCGGGGCGCGUCACGCAUGUCUAAUGUCUCCCUUUGUUUCCAUCGGAUGGUGGAUCGCCAAAUCUUCGGGGUGCGCUGGUGUUUAUGUUCGGCUCUAGCAUAAUUUUACACGCUGACAUUUAAAUGACUAAUCAGCCGCUUUCUCGCUGUUUCAGAUCACUUUUUUAUUUUUUUAUACUAAUGAGAUAUUUUUGCAGAAGGCAUCUCGCUAAUGAUACGUCACCCGGUUCAGCUUUUGUACUUUUAUUAAAAAAAGAAUAAAAAAAAAAAAUAAAGUUUUUAAAUGUCUGAUGAAAGAAGAUAUUUUUAUAUUUCUGCACUUUUGUGUGUUUUAGCACCUGAUAGUGUUUCAGUAUUCGAGUCGUUUUCAGAACUCGCUCGUGCACGAUGAUGCUGCCGCCUCCACUUCACUUCUGAAUUUGAUUUUGAUCUUUGCAUUGUUUUCUCAGUUAAUUGAAAAUACUGAAUUGUAAUUUUGCAUUCAUUUAACUUCAGUUUGUACAGUUUUAAUCAUCACUUUUUGUAUUCAUGUUGCACCAAGAACUCUGGUCUACAGCCAAAGUGCUUCUGAAAUAAAUAUCGUCAAAAUUGACUGAUUUUGGCUCACUGAGAAUGAAAAUGAUGAUUGAAAUUGUUGAUCAGCUCUAGUUUUUAAGAUAUAUUAGUGUGAUGCUACUAAAGGUUAACAUAUAAAACC